AUGUUAGGCUUGGGAGUGCGUCGACUGAAAUCUCGCCCCUCCUUGCUGGAUCUGAUCGCCGGACAGGGUGUUGAGCAAGAGCAGCAGCAGCAGCAGCGAGAGAGAGAGGCAGACGGAUCGAGGUCGUCAUCACCGCCCGACCGCCCCGUGCCACCGCCCGUUUCGUCCACCUUCCCCAGCAGCACUCACAGCUCCGACGACUCCUCUCCCUCCACCUCCCUUCCCACUGUCCCCAUCCACCUUCCUGUUUCACACACCAUGGCCUCAUCCAAGAGAGCCGCUGACACCGACGACGCUGCCCAUGGCGCCGUCUUCUCCGUCUCUGGUCCCGUCGUCGUGGCCGAGAACAUGAUCGGUUGUGCUAUGUACGAGUUGUGUCGAGUUGGGUAUGACAAGCUUGUCGGUGAAGUCAUCCGUAUCGAUGCCGAUAAGGCCACUAUCCAGGUUUACGAAGAAACGGAUGGUGUAACGGUCGGCGAUCCCGUCACGAGGACGGGUAAACCCCUUUCGGUCGAGCUCGGUCCCGGUUUGAUGGAAACAAUCUACGACGGUAUCCAGCGACCCCUGAAGGCCAUCUCCGACCAAUCCAAAGGUAUCUACAUCCCCCGUGGAAUCACGGUGAAUGCGCUGGAUCGCGAGAAGAAGUGGGAUUUCACGCCGGGUCAGUACAAGGUGGGCGACCACAUCACGGGUGGUGAUAUCUGGGGUACCGUGUUCGAGAACAGCUUGCUCAACGAACACAAAAUCCUCCUCCCGCCCCGUGCGCGCGGUACCAUCACUCGGAUCGCCGAGGCCGGAAGCUACACCGUCGAGGAGAAGCUGUUGGAGAUCGAGUUCGAUGGCAAGAAGUCCGAGCAUGGAAUGAUGCAGACCUGGCCCGUCCGUGUGCCGCGCCCGGUGAACGACAAGCUGUCCUCCGACGCUCCCUUCAUCGUCGGCCAGCGUGUGCUGGACUCUCUCUUCCCCAGUGUGCAGGGUGGUACCGUCUGUAUCCCCGGUGCGUUCGGAUGCGGUAAGACCGUCAUCUCGCAGAGUGUGUCCAAAUUCUCCAACAGUGAUAUCAUUGUCUACGUCGGAUGUGGUGAGCGUGGUAACGAGAUGGCCGAAGUGUUGAUGGAUUUCCCGGAGCUUUCCAUCGAUAUCAACGGUCGCAAAGAGCCUAUCAUGAAGCGUACCUGCCUGAUCGCCAACACCUCCAACAUGCCCGUCGCCGCUCGUGAAGCCUCCAUCUACACCGGUAUCACCAUCGCCGAAUACUUCCGUGACCAGGGCAAGAACGUGGCCAUGAUGGCGGAUUCCAGUUCUCGCUGGGCCGAGGCCUUGCGUGAGAUUUCAGGUCGUCUGGGAGAGAUGCCUGCUGACCAAGGUUUCCCCGCCUACCUAGGUGCCAAGCUGGCCUCUUUCUACGAACGUGCCGGAAAGAGUUUGGCUCUGGGAAGCCCCGAGAGAAACGGCAGUGUCAGUAUUGUUGCCGCCGUCAGUCCCCCGGGUGGUGAUUUCUCCGAUCCCGUCACUACUAGUACGCUGGGUAUCGUACAGGUCUUCUGGGGUCUGGACAAGAAGCUGGCCCAGCGGAAGCACUUCCCGUCGAUCAACACCUCCAUGUCUUACAGUAAAUACACCACCGUCUUGGACAAGUACUACGACAAGCACCACCCCGACUUCCCGCGUCUGCGUGAGAGCAUCCGAGAGCUCCUGACCAAAUCCGAGGACCUGGACCAGGUCGUGCAGCUGGUCGGAAAGGCGGCCCUGGGUGAUUCGGACAAGAUCACCCUCGACGUAGCCGCCAUGGUGAAGGACGACUUCCUGCAGCAGAACGGCUACAGUGACUACGACCAGUUCUGUCCUCUGUGGAAGACGGAGUACAUGAUGAAGGCGUUUAUGGGCUACCACGACGAAGCCCAGAAGGCCAUCGCGCAGGGCCAGAACUGGUCCAAGGUGCGCGACGCCACUUCCGACAUCCAGACUUCCCUGCGCAGCAUGAAGUUCGAAGUGCCGGAUGACGAGUCGGCCAUCACGGAGAAGUACGAGAAAGUCCUGCAGAACAUGUCGGAGCGCUUUGCCUCGGUAUCGGAUGACAUAAAUGUGAACGAUCCUAGCUUGAUCUCGCUGGUCAAUAAGCUGCAGGAUGUCUUUACGACAGUCGGGGUUCACAACCCCAUCGAUCUGCCUCAAAUUGCCGUCGUUGGUUCGCAGUCUAGCGGUAAGAGUUCGGUUUUGGAAAACAUAGUCGGUCGCGAUUUCCUCCCCCGUGGAUCCGGCAUUGUCACUCGACGACCCCUUAUCCUGCAGUUGAUCAACCGACCCCCGCGGAGUGCGCAAGCGAACGGUGCUCAGGAGGAGAAGCUGGAAACAACGGAUAAGGAGGCCAACCUGGACGAGUACGGCGAGUUUCUCCACAUCCCCGGUCAGAAGUUCUACGAUUUCAACAAGAUUCGCGAGGAGAUUGUGCGCGAGACGGAGCAGAAGGUCGGCCGCAAUGCCGGAAUCUCGCCCGCCCCCAUCAAUCUGCGCAUCUACUCGCCCAACGUCCUGACCCUCACCCUGGUCGAUCUGCCCGGUCUGACCAAGGUGCCGGUGGGCGAUCAACCCAAGGAUAUCGAGAAGCAAAUCCGCGACAUGGUCUUGAAGUACAUCAGCAAGCCCAAUGCGAUCAUCCUGGCCGUCACCUCGGCCAACCAGGAUCUGGCCAACUCCGACGGCUUGAAGUUGGCACGUGAGGUCGAUCCGGAGGGUCAGCGCACCAUCGGUGUGUUGACCAAGGUCGAUCUGAUGGACGAGGGAACCGAUGUGGUGGAUAUUCUUGCGGGCAGGAUUAUCCCUCUGCGCCUGGGAUACGUGCCGGUGGUCAACCGUGGUCAGCGGGACAUUGAGAACAAACGACCCAUCGCCUACGCCCUGGAGCAUGAGAAGAAUUUCUUCGAGGGACAUAAAGCGUAUCGGAAUAAGUCGUCCUACUGCGGAACGCCGUAUCUGGCCCGGAAGCUGAAUUUGAUCCUGAUGAUGCACAUCAAACAAACCUUGCCCGACAUCAAGGCCCGCAUUUCGUCCUCCCUCCAAAAAUACACCUCGGAAUUGUCGCAGCUGGGUGACUCGUUGCUUGGUAACAGCGCAAACAUCGUUUUGAACAUCAUCACGGAGUUCAGCAACGAAUACCGCACUGUCUUGGAGGGUAACAACCAGGAGCUUUCGAGUAUGGAGCUGUCGGGUGGUGCCCGUAUUAGCUUUGUUUUCCACGAACUGUACUCCAACGGUAUCAAGGCGGUCGAUCCUUUCGACAAUGUCAAGGAUAUUGACAUCCGUACCAUCCUGUACAACUCCUCCGGUUCUUCGCCCGCGCUGUUCGUCGGUACCACCGCUUUCGAGUUGAUCGUCAAGCAGCAGAUCCGGCGACUGGAGGAUCCUAGCUUGAAAUGUAUCUCGCUGGUCUACGACGAGCUUGUGCGCAUUUUGGGCCAGCUUCUGAACAAGCAGCUGUUCCGCAGAUACCCUAUGCUAAAGGAGAAGUUCCAUGCGGUUGUUAUCAGUUUCUUCAAGAAAUGUAUGGAUCCGACGAACAAGAUUGUGCAUGACUUGAUUUCGAUGGAGGCCUGCUACGUCAACACUGGUCACCCCGAUUUCCUCAACGGUCAACGUGCUAUGACUAUUGUCAAUGAACGCCAGCAAGCCAGCAAGCCUACCCAGGUCGACCCGAAGACCGGCAAACCGCUUCCUCCUCGCGCCGGCAGCCCGUCGGUGGACCUUACCCAGGACGCCGGCAGCGGCUCUGGCUUCUUCGGUAGUUUCUGGGCUUCGAAGAACAAGAAGAAGAUGGCUGCUAUGGAGCCUCCCCCACCCGUUUUGAAGGCGUCGGCCUCGCUGUCUGAGCGUGAGAGCACGGAGGUUGAGGUGAUCAAGCUGCUUAUUACGUCCUACUUCAACAUCGUCAAGCGGACUAUGAUUGACAUGGUUCCUAAGGCCAUCAUGUAUACCCUUGUGCAAUUCUCUAAGGAUGCGAUGCAAGGCGAACUUCUCGAGAACAUGUACCGCAACAGCGAACUGGAUGACCUGCUGAAGGAAAGCGACUACACUAUCCGCCGACGAAAGGAGUGCCAGCAAAUGGUGGAAAGUCUGGCUCGUGCCAGUGAAAUCGUCAGCCAAGUGCAAUAG